UUGGCUGUGUCUUGUACGCUUUGAAUAAUGAGCCAAUCAGGUCGUAGUGUGUUCACGCAUGACGUCAGAUAACGUAUUAAUACUCGGCCCGGUUUACGUUCUCCUCAAAUCGUGUCGAGCAUCGGGACUCGUUGCGGGUUCUUUUUCAAGUUGGAUUUAACAGACUAACGUCUUGAGCUCCCCAGAAAGUAAGAGAUGGCCCGUACCAAGCAGACUGCCCGUAAAUCCACCGGAGGAAAGGCUCCCAGGAAGCAGCUGGCCACCAAGGCAGCCAGGAAGAGCGCGCCGUCCACCGGGGGCGUCAAGAAGCCCCAUCGUUACAGGCCAGGAACUGUGGCUCUGAGGGAGAUCCGUCGUUACCAGAAGUCCACAGAGCUGCUCAUCCGCAAGCUUCCAUUCCAGCGUCUGGUGAGGGAAAUAGCCCAAGACUUCAAGACUGAUCUCCGUUUCCAGAGUGCUGCCAUUGGCGCUCUUCAGGAGGCUAGCGAGGCUUACCUGGUGGGUCUGUUUGAGGACACCAACCUCUGUGCCAUCCACGCUAAACGUGUCACCAUCAUGCCCAAAGACAUCCAGCUGGCUCGUAGGAUAAGGGGAGAGAGGGCCUAAAAUGGCCAGUGGCUACAUUGACAAAUAACCCCUAUUUAUCAUACUUAACCUUUUGUGAGCAUUUUUAUUUCUUUUAAGUUCUCUUUUGGAUUUUGUAUUUUUAAGAGUGAUUACAAAAAAAUCAACCAUUCCAUACACAAGAGUACACUAAGGGUAGUAGGAGUGUACUACCUGGUUCCCUCAUGGGAGUCAUCAUUCUAAAUGUAUUUUCACUCAAGUCAUCGUGGGUGUUGGGCUCUAUCCAGGGGUGGAGUUCUGAACAGCAAUUCUUCACAUCUUCCAGGGGCAGCGUUUCUUAGCAAAUCUACAGUUAAUGAUAAAAUGCCAGCGUUUCUUCAGUAUGCCUCACUGCAGUGUCAGGGUAUUGGCUACCUCAGUUGAUCCUCUGUACUCUGAUGAGGAGCAUUGCAGACCCUCUGUGGGUCGCCUCUUACUUUUCCUCCAACAAAUCUUGGCAGCUACAUUUAAUACUAUUUAUGAAGUGUUGUCACAUGUCUUUCUAUUAAAGGUCUUUAUGAAUAGAAAGCUGUGUGCUGUUUUGUAUUCAAACACUGAUGCUGUGAGGUAACUGCACUUUGUUUAUUUACAACAUGGGGCGGGGGGUGUAGACGUGUUGGUCAGUCACACGAACCACUCCGUGUGCUUGAAGCCGGCGGCAAUACGGCAGACGAUUUCUUCACAGUCUUUAACGUUGCUGGCUCUGAGCACCACGCAGCAGAAGCCGCUGGACUGGGGGGUCUCCGGGGAGUCUGCCACACAGAAGGCAAACGUGGUGUAGUCUGCCUGUGCAAACCUCCCAACAGACGAAAUCUCUGGAUAAUGAUGCUCAAACAGCUUCGUUGUGCUGUUUCUCUCAGUACACGUCAAAUGUGUUUCCUUCAUGUCUAAAAGCACUUCCUGGCUGGGCUGGUUUUGCUGCAGCACCUGGGGAAUGGCAUGCUGCAGCACCUCUUUGCCUCCAAACGUUCCGAUGUCGGCUUUUCCCAGGAAUUCCAGGAUGUAGACAAUUCUUCCCUCUCUGAGACACUGUGAGGCGGGGUCCCUGCGGCCCCUCCCGGCCGUGUGCUGGGGGGGGGCGGGGCUGAGCUGCAGGCCGGGGCUCUCUGCCCUCAGCGCCUGCAGCAGUUUGACGACGGGCCGGUACAGCGUGCCGUCCGGCGCCCUGGCCCUCAGCAGGCGGAUGGACAGCGGGCAGCCUUUGAGCCGUGACAGGACCAUGCCGGCCUGUCCGCUCUUUGAAUUCCUCAGUGACACGCCGUUGAUGUCAUCGAUGAUGUCACCAGCAGUGAUGACGUCGUCCACCUGGGCCUGACCCCCCGGCGUUAGGCCCAGGACGAAGACUCGCCCGCUGAGAUACCUCAGGACCAGUCCCACCUCCCUGCAGGGCACGACCUCAUACACCUCACACACCGGUAGGAGCCAGCUCUCAUCCAGAAAGCUGCAGUUCUCCAGAUCCAGUUUGAACUCCAUGUGAGAAAGCACCAGCAGCAGAGACAUGAACGGCUCUGCGUACUCCUGGUUCCUGAGGAUGGAGGAGGCCGGGCUGUACCACUCCAGCAGCCGGGGGGUGUGCAGCAGGUGGGACAGGAAGUGCGGCAGCGCCCCGCGGCUCAGGCCCAGCCUCAGCAGGUAGCGGCCCCGGCCCUGAGCCGACAGCAGCCUCCCGCAAACCCGGGUCUGCUCCACGGCCAGGGACAGAGAAGACAGCCUGCCACAGACGUCCUGGUGAGGAAGUUGUUCAAAACAGUGCCAGUAAUCUCUGUGUGCCAGGCUGAGAACCGGCUGUUGGAGCCCCUUCCGGAGGACCAGCUCCAGGAGCUCACAGCAGGGGGACAGCUGGGGGCUGGAGUCCGUCACCACCCCCCCGCCUGACCGCAGGUUCUGGACACACACCUUCAGGGAGCAGAGCAGGGGGUCUCUGGGGGCCAUGGCGGGCCGCCAGCGGGGCUGAUAAGAGGCCGGCAGCUGCUUAUCGUCGGAGCCCAGGGAUACGCGCUGUUCGCGCUUCCGUGUGGCUAAAAUACCGAGACACGAGACGCUCCACGGAGGCAGAGGGCGGGACACACCCUCACAGAGGGGCUCAUCCGCCGAUUCUAACACCUGCUCGCUAUUAUAAUAGCAAUAGCAGCAGAUAAUAGCAAUAAUAAUAAUAACAAUAACCACAAUAACACACCCUCCCCCUCUCCCCCCUCAGGUUUACCGUCAAAGCAACAACGUCGACAUAAAAAACAACAACAAUUUAGCUCCUUUUUGGUACUUAAUUGGUGCAUUCACUGCCCUCGCGGAAAUAGAAAUAUGCGGACAUUGCCUGACUACGGGGGGCCUGGUCCGGUCUUUCCCUCCGCUCGGUCACCAGGAUUAAGCGUGACCAGCGGAACCGGACGCCGCUGCCCGGUGUCGGUCCUCGGCCGUGUUUCGCGGUAAUGGCGGCCUCUCGCGGCGGACCGUUUGAACUGCCGUUCAGUGGAGGCGGCGGCGGAUAAGAGCGCGCGCUCCGUCUCUCGUGCCGCAGUUGUGUGCAGGUGGACUGAGCAGACCAUGGCGGAGCCGUAAAGCAGCCGGAGUUGGGUUAAAACACCAGCAAGGAGCCGCGCAGAGUUUCCGGGGAACGGAGCAUUCGCUUCUCACAAGGUCAGACUGCUCUUUUCCA